AAGAAAAUUUAUGAAACGAAAAAAAUUUGAUGUAUUUUUUGUACAUUGAACUUGACAAUCAAAUGCGUGUGAAUAGUGUACGUGUAUGUCAGUGUGUCAAAUGUUGAAUCAAAACAAAUAAAAGAGCUUAAUGAAAUCGUAAACUGAAUGAAGACAUUGUCGCUUUUGCACAAGAGCAAAGCACUACGCUCUGCAAUCUCUUUUAACUCGUACAAAAACCUAAAUGAAAAAUAGAAUAAAAAAAUAACCAACGAUAGAGAGGAGAGAGAAAAUAAGUAAAUAAAUUGAAAUAAUUCAAAAAUAAAAAAAGGUGCUCAUUAGAAUAAGUAUUUAUUGCUCCGUUAUUAUAUAAUGAAAGUAGUUCGAUAGAACCUGAAUUGUUCUAUGUUUGGUAUUAUCGAUGGUGUUCUGUAAGCAGUGAUAUUGUUUUCUAUGUGCCUCAGUUCCAUUUGUCGAAUGAAUAAUUCAUUAUAAUGCGGAAUUGGACAAGUGAUUUUUUGUUUUAGUGCAUUGUAUCGAUGAAAAUGGAAACAAGAAGCACAACUGCAUUCCAUCACAUAGAAUCUGAGUGCAUAAGUGGCAGUGCUGCUUGAGCAUUAAGCUAUACGUGAUAUGCGAAUGAGUGAGAGAAAGAGAGCGCGAAAAUAGAAGUGCAAAUGUAACGGAUUUUAAAAGAAAAUUGCUCAAAUUAUCGCAAUUACAAGAAUCUCAUCUUGAGUUGUAUACACACACAAAACAGGGAAGGUAAGGAAUGAGUCGUUUUCGGGUCGGAUUGAGUGCAGUUGAUGUGCAUCGUGUGGUUGUUCAGUUAGUCGUUGAGUUCAAGAUUCUGGCGGUUUCUUCAUUUUGACGGAUCAUUGUAAACGGGACGUUCUAAGAAAAAAUCUCAAAUGUCAUUGAAGAAAGAAACACCAUCAGAUAUCCAGUUACAUUUGGCUGCGAUUCGGGGAGAUGAUGUAACAUUACGCAAACUUUUGGAUAGCGGACGUGUGCAUGUUGACUGCAUCGACGAGGAUCAAACGACUCCAUUGAUUUUAGCGGCUGCUGGCGGUCAUGCAACUUGCGUUACCGAACUGUUGGAUCAAGGUGCAAAUCCAAAUGCACGACGAAUUACGGGAACAACGGCGCUUUUCUUUGCUGCUCAAGCCGGGCACAUUGAUGUCGCUAAGAUUUUAAUUCGAUAUGGAGCCUAUAUUGACGCCGCAUCUCUCGAUGGAGGAACUCCAUUGUUUGUAGCAUGCCAAGGUGGUCACAUUAAUAUGGUGAAAGAGUUGAUUGCCCUCGGUGCAAAUGUACACGUCAACAUGAAGGAUAGAGCAACACCGAUAUUCAUUGCAUCGCAAAAUGGACAUCGUUCUGUGUUGCUGACGUUAUUGGCAGAGGGCGGUGACCCGAAUGUGUGUCGUAUUGAUGGCGCCACUCCUUUGUGGAUUGCAAGCCAAAUGGGUCACGAUCAUAUCGUUCGUGUUCUAUUGAAGAGUGGUGCACGUGUUGACGCGGUACGCUGUGACGGUGCAACGCCAUUGUUCAAAGCAGCGCACAAAGGUUUUUCGGCCGUUGUACAUGAGCUUUUGAAAUACAAGCCAAAUUUGUACUUAUUACCGAACGGUGAAACUGCAUUACAUGCUGCAGCGAUGUUUGGUCACCUCGAUGUUGUGAAGCAAUUAGUUGCGGCUGGCAGCGACAUUACGUGGAAAAAUCAAAACGGAUGCACCGCAUUACAGGUGGCACGACAGCAAAAUUUCACAACAGUCGUUGAAUAUUUGGAAGAACGUCGCACUUUAAAUCGUACAAACGUUAAACAAUUCAACCAAAUAUCGUGCUAAAUACGUUGUAUACCACGACAAUUCAUUUCAAUGCAAUCAUAUGAAUAUUUUUUUUCAAAAUCUCUUUGGAGAUGGAAUAUUCACUUCGACAUUUGCGAUAGUUCAAAGACUUACAACAAUACAAAUGACGAAAUUGACGAUUUUUUUUUAAGUUUCAUUGUUUGACAAAGGAACAAUUUAUACCACCUGUUGGUAUAGAGAUAACAUUAUGUAUAUAUUAGCUUUGCGCUCAAUUUACAAUCUGAAAUAUCAUUACACACAUAAAAUACGACAAAAACUGUGUUCAUACAUGGUGCUAUUAAUCGAAUUUCCAUGUAAUGGAAAAUAUUUAAUAAUUUAUUUUAAUGCACAGUCGAAACGUACAAGCAUGAUAACUUUUUACAAUCCGUACAUGUAUUUUAUAGUUAACAAUUGACAUUAUUCAUUAACUAGUCGCUCAAUUACAAAUAUUUACUUAAAACCUGAAGCUUUACAAAUGUUCAAUAAAAAACGUUAAAUAAAUAAAUUAUUUAAAAUAGAAAUAUAUUCUAUUGAUCCACAAUUUGAACUGACUUAAUAUCAGGGAUUGUUCCUCAGAAGAGAAGGAAUGGUGAGAAGGAAAAUGAGGAGAGCGAGGAGGAUCCUCCUUUUUUUUGCUCAAAGGGCUAUUUUUAUCACAAAAAUAUCAUUUUUAGCAA